AUGGCUGACCGGGAUGCGUGGGUGUUGUCCAAUCGCGUGCAUGGCGCGCAGUUCGACGACCAGGUAUGGGAGCAAUUCGAGGACUACGACGAACUCGCCGCGCCGCACGCUGACCGGGACGCCGCGGGUGUCGUUGACGCCAGCUGCGACGCGGUGCACGCUGCGAGACUGCGACAGGUCGAGGUUGCAGAAACUGACGGCGGCCGCAAGGACCUGUUGCCUGGCCGCUUGGUUGACGGUCCGCGAGAGGCGCGCGAGUUGGCAGGCUGCGAGGGAGCACAAGGGGACGCGCGUCGCGUGAACGGGUGGGGGGAGCAGCAGGAGGAUGGGGGCGGGAAUGGCGCUGGGGAUGGCGUUGGCGUGGGCAAGCACAGUCCUCAUGCGCGCGCGGACCAUAGCGCCGCUUGCGCCUUCCCGCGCGCCGAGCUACCAAGCUCCCCGGACAGGCAAGGCGGGGCUUGCGCGGACGCGAUGGCGGACGGCAUGGCAAGUGAGCCGUGGGGUCACGAGCAGGCGAGCCACGUGGAUGAGCUGAUGAGGUGGGUCAGCUCUGACACGGCAUUGAUGCGUUGUGCUCCCGAUGUCAGACUUGCUUGCCGGAAUAUCCGUUCUCCGGUUCGCAUGUCCCACCUGACCUUACCCUCCUGUCUGCCUCGCGCUACCCGCAGUUCCGCCUAUGCCACGGACGCGCUUUCUUUUCCCUCCGGGGACUUUCUUCCUCUCCCCUCCGCGGACCCUCCCUCCCCCUCCUCCGCGGACGCUCUCCCCCAUCUCACGCGCGCCGACCUGCACUCGUGGUGGGGCCCCGCCUCCGAUCCCUCCGUGCCGCUGCCGCCCGCGCCCGCGCUCCUCGAUGCCGCCUGCGCCUUCCCCUCCGCCGGCGCCGCCGACGAGCGUUGCCGCGAGGAGGAGCGGCGCGCGGCGCAGGUGUGGGCGGUGGAGGAGCUGGAGGCGGAACACGAGGAGGGGGGCGACCACGCGGGAUGGGGGGACGGCGCGGAGGGCGAUGGAGGGGCGAAGGCGGAUGGCGCUGUUGCGUCGGACGCGGACAGCAAGGGAGCCGCGAGAGCAGGGCUUGCGAGCAAUGGUGGUGGUGCUGCUGCUGCGUGUGUGGCACAGGUGCGUGCAAUUCGUGCUUCCAUGCUGCGAGUGUCGCGCAUGCCAUCAUCACAAUAUCUUGCUGCCUCGCAUGCUAGCACAGCGCACACCACGCCACGCACGGCAGGAUGGCGGCUGCUGGGGGGGGGCGCUCUCUGGAACUGCGCCCUGCGCACGGCAGCGGCGGACAGCGCGCCGUCGAGGGAGGGUGGCUCCAGCGCCGCGCGUGCUGCGAGCGUGAGCAGCAGCGGGGCGGCAGCUGAGGCUGGCGCACCCGGCAGCUCCAGCCCCGGUGGCUCCUCGCGCUGCCUCUCGCAG